CCGGGCGUCGCCCCCGCCCCCCACGUGGCCGCAGCCGUCCCAGCCCCUGCGAGGAAGCGGCGCGGCUUCCUGGGGCUUGGGCCGGGGAUAUAGGCGCCCCCGCCCGGGCCCGGCUCAGCGCCACCGCCCCUCCUCGCCUGCUAGCCGCGCGAUGGCCUCGCUCCGGGCAGAGCGCGCCGCCGGCGGCCCGCGGUUCUCUACGACCCUCGCGGGGCGACCGGCAGCGCUCCGCCUCCUCCUCCUGCUGGGCGCUCUGCCUUCCAAGGGUCUCAGACCCCUCCUCCAGGCUCCACCGCCUAGAUCCCCGCCAUCCUCCUUCCCUCCCCCAUUUCUGCUCACAGCUGUCCUGAAGCCCCAGGAGUCCCUGGCUCAGCUUCUUCCCACUGAAGGCAGCUUGAAGUCAGAAGAGAACAAGAUGGAGGACUAUAAGGCGAAUGCCCAGUUUUGCUGGCAAUCUUAUAAGGAGCAGAUGGACUCUAUCCCCAAGGACUGGUGCGACUGGACCAUGAUUAGCAGGCCCUAUAGCGACCUGCAAUAUUGCUUGGAGCAUUUUGCAGAAGCAUUUGGCCUGGGUUUCCCCAAUCCCUUGGCAGAAGAGAUCAUCUUUGAGACUCACCAGAUCCACUUUGCCAACUGCUCCUUGAUGCAGCCCACCUUGUCAGACCCUCCAGAGGAUGUGCUUCUGGCCAUGAUCAUAGCCCCCAUCUGCCUCAUCCCCUUCCUUGUCACCCUUGUGGUGUGGAGGAGUAAAGACAGCGAGGCCCAGGCCUAGGGUGGUGGUAUGAGCUAUUAGCAGUCAUCUUACUCCUUUCCCCUGCCACCACCAGGUCUCUCUCUUCCCCUCCCUGCCUCCUUCUCUCACUCUCACCCCCACCACAGACCCUUGAAUUGCUGGAAAUGGAAGCCCAGUGGUGGCACAAGUUUUGUAGUCUUCAAAAUAAAACUUUUUUUUUUUUU